UUUUGACAUGCAAACUGCCGCUCGCUGCAGGCAACUUCCAAACCGAACAGAUUGCAGUACAGAUCGUGCAAGAAUAGCAAGCGCGCCAAAAUGGCACAUCUCGCGCCAUGGCCUUUCGCCUCAGAUCGAUUGAUUCGUGUUGAAGUUUGGAAUUGGAAUCAAACAAAAUUGGGUCAACAAUCUUCAAAAAAAAAUUUGUGAUGUUCUAUCGUGAAUCCUCUGGCCGCGCGUCCAAUUCAUGAUCAUGUCUUCCGAUCCCUCGCCGUCGUCGCCGAGGGGCACCGAUUCGCCGUCGACGUCGAUGGCGGAUUUCUACUCGCCGUCGCACGCCUCGAGACGGCUGUCGACGUCGAUCACAUUUGCCGGCGGGCUCGACGUGACGUCGGAGCUCGUCAUCGCCGCCGUCGCGGCGGCGCUGCUCCUCGUCCUCCUGUUCGCCGCCUGCGCCUGCUGCUCCUGGUGCUGCAGGAGGAGGUCGGCGACGCAGCGGUGGCAGAAUCACCACGCCGCCGCCUUCGGGUACCAAGGCAACACCACGGCGUACUACUACCACCACACCGGCGGCGCGAGGCCGCAGUGGGCGGCGACCAAGACCGGCGCCCCGUCGACGCCGCCGAACAUGAUGAUGCACCCGACGAACAUGACCGGCCCGCACGUCGUCGUGCGGCCGCCGCUCGUGCCGCCCCCGCCGCCGCCUGUUCCGGCGGGCCUGGACGAGAACGCGUUCGGGUACGACGAGCUGGCGGCGGCGACGGGCGGGUUCUCGGAGGGGAACAUGCUGGGGCAGGGCGGGUUCGGGUACGUGUACCGCGGCGUGCUCGGCGACGGGAAGGAGGUGGCGGUGAAGCAGCUCAGCGCCGGGGGCGGGCAGGGGGAGCGGGAGUUCCAGGCGGAGGUGGACAUGAUCAGCCGCGUGCACCACCGCCACCUCGUCCCCCUCGUCGGCUACUGCAUCGCUGGCGCGCAACGCCUCCUCGUCUACGACUUCGUCCCCAACCGCACUCUCGAACACCACCUCCAUGAAAAGGGGUUACCGGUGAUGAAGUGGACGACGAGGUUGCGCAUCGCGGUCGGAUCAGCAAAGGGGCUCGCCUACCUGCACGAGGAAUGUAAUCCUCGGAUCAUUCACCGUGACAUCAAGUCGGCAAACAUUCUCCUGGACAACAACUUCGAGCCACUGGUUGCGGAUUUUGGGAUGGCGAAGCUGACGAGCGAGAACGUGACGCACGUGUCGACGAGGGUGAUGGGGACGUUCGGGUACCUGGCGCCGGAGUACGCGUCGAGCGGGAAGCUGACGGACAAGUCCGACGUGUUCUCCUACGGCGUCAUGCUGCUGGAGCUUCUCACCGGCCGCCGCCCCGCCGACCGGAGCUCCUACGGCGCCGACUGCCUCGUCGACUGGGCGCGCCAGGCGCUGCCCCGCGCGAUGGCCGCCGGCGGCGGCGGCGGCUACGACGACAUCGUCGACCCGCGGCUGCGCGGCGAGUACGACCGGGCGGAGGCGGCGCGCGUCGCCGCCUGCGCCGUCGCCUGCGUCCGCCACGCCGGCAGGAGGCGCCCCAAGAUGAGCCAGGUGGUGAAGGUGCUCGAGGGGGACGUGUCGCCGGAGGAGCUCGGCGACGGCGCGCGGCCCGGGCAGAGCGCCAUGUCGUCCAGCAGCGGCGACUCCAGCUCGGGGUCGGGAUCGUACACGGCGCAGAUGGAGCGGGUCAGGCGGACGGCGGCGUCGCCGGCCAGCCCGGAGUACUACAGCAGCGAGUACCAGGGUUACGGAUGCCCGUCGCCGGCCAGCAGCGCCGGCGACAACGCGUCUUCCGGCGAGCAUGAUAACCAGUGGCGUAAAGCUCACCGGUAAUUAACUAGAGCGAUGCUCCGGUGUUCUUUACUGCUAGUAUAUAUACUAUAAUUCUUUAUUUGUGAUAAGUAUUUCAAUACUAUAGAAACAAAGGCAGCUAAAAUUCUGUAGUUGUCAUUAGUUACCUUGACAGUGUUAUCUGACAUUUCAAUUUUGAGCUAGAUAUAUAUUGCGUGACUUAGUAGUAGCCCAAACGAAAAUAUGCAAAAAAUGAUUCAGAUUUUCAGGCUCAUCUGUCUAAUGGGGAGACUACGAGAAGUAAAUAGAAGGUGUCAAUCAGAUAGCUUUUAUUGAAAAAA